AUGGAGGCUGCUCGUCAACAGCAUCACCAGCGGCAGGCAGAUGUGGCCGCAAAAGCAGCCGCUGAAGCCGCUCAAGCAGCUGCUGAAGCCGCUCAAGCUGCAGCCACUCAAGCUAAAGCUGUUGAGACCGAGCCGUCUGUUGAAACAGAUCCUGCCACGAACAACUCGCCAUCCAAAACACGGGCUGAGGCCCUGAAGCGCAAGCGAGAAGAAUUGCUGCGGCAAAUGGCCGAACUAGAGGCUCUCGAGUCGGAGGAUCCUGCGCCAGACGCACUCGAGUCAGACGACUCGGAAACAAAUUCGCCCGCGCCAGUCGGCCUCGAGACGAAGCCCAUCCAAUCAGAGGAUACAGCGUCCUCACACACUCUACCUCUCAAACCCGAGCCGCUCGAUGCGACUGAUGCACAACCGCAGGCAUCGGAACCUAGCCCGGACAAACUCGGGGCAGAAGAGCCUAUUGAAACCACACAGGAUUCUGUUCGGCCAACUGCUCCCAGCUCGAGUGAGCCCACAUCACAGUCUGUGCCCAAACAGGCAGCGGUGCCCGAACCGGCAGCUGUGUCUAAACAAGUUGUGGCGGAGCAGACUGUCUCAGAACCGGAUGAGCAGGUGGCGCCCAAGCUGGCCGAGUCCAUGACCAUGCCAAGCGAGCUUGAGGCUCCCAAACGAGAGCCAACGGGGGACUCUGUGGCUGCGCCGAUGCACACCGACACAAAAGCUGAGACCAAACAAGCCAGUGAUCCCCCAACCCUCACAACAAGUUCUGUCACCCCCUCUGUGGUAGCCGCACACCAAUCGAGGGGGAUGGAGCAAGGCGGGGCCAAUCGUGAGACGACACUUCGAGAGGCCUUGGUCGAGCAAACUACUGAGAGCACCGAAGCCGAAGCCUCUCUGAAGGCACUCGUACACGAGGCAGAGUCCCUGGAGGAAGAGCUUCCGACAGCUUUGUCUCAAGAAGCGACAGGUCACAGUGCUCAGGACCCUGCCCCCACACUUGCGGAAGCGCGGCCCACCGAUGAUGCUGCAAAUCAAGAUGAGCUCUCCGUUCAGAAUACAGAAAACGCCAAACUUGGACCAGGCGAAACUGCACCCACACUCGCGCCAACGCCUGACGAUGCCGCACCUGUGCCUCGGGCCAGCGACACCGAGCCACAAGGCAUGGCAGAGCAGAGCUCAUCAGACCAGUCAACAGAGGCUGAUGUAUCUUUGCUCGAAGCACCCGAAAUCUCGAUGCAAGAGAUCCCUCCGGUGGAGCGCGUGGACUCUCCCCCUGAACUGCCUGAACCCACCUUCAACUCGCGCCGCGUGGAGACAGAGGCCACGGUUGUAAGAAAUAUCGCUCGCCGUGCACCAGGAGAAGGACGAGAGGAUUCGAGCCUGAACCUCGAAUCACAACAUGCAGAAGCAGUGUCUCCUGAAGCGACUCGCCAGGAACCCUCUGUGUCGACUAAAGACAAUGUUGUAAAGUCUGUUGAGUCGGAGGACCAGCGCAACUCUCGCGAGGCACAACUGCCCGAGCCGGCCUCGGAAAUGCCAGAGCUUCCUUCAGAGCAGAUUGAGCAAGAGACUGAACCCGAUCACAACGCAGACCCCAAUCAUGACAAAGACACUGCGGACAUUGCAGCUGCCGAAGAGACAGAAGAUUGGGAGGAAGUGGAACGGGCGGAGGAGCCUGAAGAACCGGUCGCACCAGAAGAUUCGAGGGAUUCGGAAGAGUUGGCAUCCGAAGUUGCCGAACCGGAGCCUAAAAGUGUGCAAGAAAUUGUCGAAGAACAGCUGGAUCAGGAACGUGAGAACCUGCUGGCAAGCCUUCAAGACAAGUAUCCCCACGAUUGUCAGAAGUGGGCACGCCGAUCCGGCUGUCGUCGUAAUGCGCGCUGGAUGAAGAACAAUUGUGCCCGCAGCUGUGUUGCCCAAGAGUUUGACGAUGGCUUGCAAGCCCGCCGUGCGGAGCUCUAUGAAUUGGUCGAGGCGGAAAUGUUUCGCGAGGAAGAAGAAGACGUCAAUACCGCCCAUGCGGAGGAACCUUUGCAACCAGAUCAUGCCCCGGAUCACGGUGGAGCCGACCAUGCCUCUGCCCAUGCGACCAUGGCUCCUGCUUCAGAGACUGAGGCACAUCAGCUCGAAGCCGCGCAGGAUCCCCACCGGGUACCGACAGCAAACCCAAUGGGACAAGAGCCAUCACAACCAGAGCAGGCAUUGAAGUCAGAAUCAGAGCCACAAUUGGACUUGGACCCGAACUCAGAGCUCCAACAAGCCCACCAUAGCUCCGAACCAGUGCCAGAACCAGAACCAGAAUCCGAUCCGGAACCAGAAUUACAACAAGCACACCACAAUUCCGAACCAGAAACAAAGCAAGAGCCCGUGCCGGAGCCUGUUGAAGCAGCAGCGUCGUUGCUCGAGCCUGCUCCCGAUACGCACCAUGAAUCAGAGCCUGAGCCUGAGACUGCACAAAAGGAAGAGCCACAUGAUGUGACCAAGUCUUCAGCCGACCGUCAAAAUGAGCCAAAGCAGCAAAUCCACGAGCACAUCCACGAGCACACGACGCUUCCACCUGCAACGGCGUCGAGUUCAGAUGUAAUUCACGACGCGGAGAAUGGUGACACGGCUCGCAAUCAAGAAGAAGACUCGGGGGCAAACCCAGAACUUCGAGCCUCGCCAUUUACUCGCCAGCGUGCCCCACCCAUGCCACGUGCACCAUCUAGGUGUAAGGACCCGUUGUCCAUUGCGCGCUUAUUUGGGUCGUCGACCCUUGCAGGCGUCGAUUUGGAUGAGCUAGCACGGACCGUGGCGGCCGCUACGCCGUGGGCCGACGACGAUUGCCCAACCACCCUUGCCGUGGCCGUAUCAGCCUUUGCUGCAGCCACCGUUUGGAUGUUCACCGCCUCAUGGUGUUGCUGCUGUGGCAGUAGCGGAGGCUCCACCUCUAAGAUGGCUGCCAUUACCAAAGCACACACCGAGCUGAAAUCAGAACGCGAUCGCUUGGCUGAUCAAGCUCGUCUUGCGCGCGAAGCACAGGAUCAGGUGGAAGGCCAGUUGUCGCAGGUCAAAGCCCAGAACAAGUCACUCAAGGGCGAAAUCCAGGAGCUGCAGCAGGAGGCCAAGCGGCUGCAGGCCACGGUGGACAAGCAAGCACGCGCUCUGCAAUCAGCGCCCGGGCCAGAGGCCCCAACGCUGGUGCGCAAGCUUCAACGUCAUGCAUCCGACAGCCAGCUGGCGACGGAGGAGCUGCAAAAGCGUGUGGAUGUGCUACAGAAGGAGAAAGAAGAGGCUCUGACGGCGGUCAAUGCAUGGCAGCAAAGCUACGCGCAAUACGAGGAGUAUGCCAAGUCGCUGCAGGCUCACGCAGAGGCGCUUCAGCAACAACUGCAGCAGCAACAGCAGCAGCAGGCGCAAAGCGCCGAGGCCGACGCAGGCGCUGCCGACUCGGCACCAACAUCGGCAGCUGUGGAUGAGCUACGUCGCACGCUGUCAGCACGCGACCAGGAGGUGACUGAUCUGCGUUCCAUGCUGGCUACGGCCGCGCCGGAUGCCGAGGAGACAUCGCAAAAGCUGGAAAAGUCGACGGCGCGGGUCGCUGCGUUGACAGAGCGCUGCGACUCUCUCAAAGUUCAGCUCGAGCAGAAGGACAUGGCCUUGACUGCGCUGCGAGACCGUGUGGAGCGCCUGCAGGCAGCUGUCGAUGCCGGCAGCGGCGGCAGCGCCGGUACACAGGUCAAAAUGCUGACGCACCAGCUGGAAGAAGCCGAGCGCCGCCAGCUGGAUCUUGUGCAAGGCCGCGAAGAGAAGAUUCGCACCAUCAAGGAAUUAUAUGAAGAGAGGGCGCGCAAAGCUGAGGAGCAGCUGCUCGAAGCGCGUCAACGCAUCAAAGCCAUGGAGGCGGAUAUGUUGCGGGUUCCUUCGCCGACAGCUGAUAGCAGCGCUAUGCGCCAAAUCGAAGAACUCCAGCGCCAGCUUCAGGAGGCGUGUGCAGCCCGGGACAAGACCGAAGUGCAGCUUCACCGAGCCCGCGAGAAGCUGGUUGCACAGGCCGACCAGAACGCCCACCUAAUCCAGCUGUCAAUGCUUUCAGGUCACAAGCCCAAAAAUCACCUCAGCAUCAAUCGGCGCAAAGCAACACAAGUUCGACGCGAAGCACCCCCCGAAGCGGCGCCGACGCCAAGCACGGCUGCGGAAAAGAAAAAGUAUGACCACGUUGAAUCAAAAGUGGCGGCUUUCACCAAGGUACACACACCGGGCUGCCGCUGCUUCUCCAUGGAAGUUUCUGCUUUGAUCUGCCUCGUCUUGCCGGAUUAUUUGUGGUACUGA